AAAAAAAAGUGAUUGAAUGAAAUCUCCUAAAAUUGUUGAUGAAAUUAAACAUUUUUGCUAUAAUGAGUGCUAAUUGUGAAUAAUUUGUUUUAUUUAUUAGUGCUUGAUGUAUUUACAAUCAUAUUUAUCUAGUUUUGAACCGGUAAAACUCUUGUGUGAUGUGGUGAUCAUUUGAAAUACGACUGUAUAGUCGCAUAGUCUCAGUUAAUAAGUACCUAUUGCUACAUCUACUUAUAACAAAGAGAACUUAUCCACCUAAAUAAGGUUCUUAAUUGAAAUGUGUGAUUGAUAAAACGCAAUUAAAGACGUUUUCAGUUUAUUUGAAUGAAAUUUUCGUAAAAGUAACAAUGCAAUCAUUGGCAAUCAAUCAUAGAUUCAAAAGAUAGGUAGUUCCGUAAAGGACAAUGUGUUUUCCUCAUUGACGAUCACGCGUGUGUUUUUGUGUAGUGGUGUCGAUUUCAUUAGCGAGGAUUUCUGAUAUUUUUAUUGUAGCAGAAUGGCUGUGAAAAAGCACGAGCUGGUGCACGACAAUCGCAAUCAGCUGGACCUGACUGCACUGGCACAGUACAUACAGUUGAUGAAUGAGCAACCACAUUAUUUGCCGCCACCAAAUGAGCUGGUUAAGAACUGUCAAGAUAUAGUCAAAUGUCUCGCUCGAGCGACGGGCAAUGAAGAGCAGCUAUGGGAAUUGUUGCAAUCUAUCGAAGAAUUUAUCGUGCGCACAGUGAACACUGUCCAUAGUAGCAUCCGUCACGAGAUCAUUACGGCGAUCCUCGAUAAAUUCUACUCUUUGAUUUCAGAUCCGCAAUCUGACGCCUGUCCCGCUACAUCAGUCGUGCUGAUUGUCUUGGACAACUCUGAUCAAGAAGCGACUCUCUCUGCCGCACGUUGGCUUGUACAGCAAGGAGAUAAUGGCCCUGCCGGAGCUGGCCUUCGUGCCUCUUUGUCUUGCCUCUAUCGUUGGAUGUACGAAUGGCACGGCACCCCAGCUCUUGGAGAUUGGGUGUUGGCUUAUAUUAAAGCUCUUGAGGAAAACGAGCGUUUCGACAUUUUAAUUGAGGUGUCAGUAGACAAUUUAAGUCGUCUCUUUUCUGCUAUGGACAAUCCUGUCGCCUUGCGUCAGUCAGUUGCUAAUGUAAUAUUUCACAUUCUGGCAUCGCUCCGUGAAUCUACUGAGGCUCUAGACAGGAUUUCUAAGCACGUGGGCCGCGUUCUUGUGAAUCUCGCUGCUGAUAGUGGACAAUGGAGCCGACAACUAUUGCAGAAUGUUGUCGAUAUACUGUCAGCAAUGGUCGACCGGCUAGUUGAAAAUCUCAAAGGAGAAGCCCAAGAUAUGUUUAAAGAUAAAUACGCCAAUGUCAUUCUAUGCCUGGAGCGUCACAUGGCAUCUCGGGGUUGUCGCUAUCUUCAACUGUUGCCGUGGCGUGCGCGCAAUGUAUGUUUGACAACUGUCAACACUCACGCGCCAAUGCGUAAAGUUGGACUGUUGAACUUGGGCAACACUUGCUAUAUGAACAGUGUCAUGCAAGCUCUACUCGUCACAAGGCAAUUUAGCACUCAUGUGGUGUUGAAAAUGAAUGCGGUUCCGUAUUGGUCGAAGAUGGGUGUGAUGUUCGCUAAAAUGAUGCAUUCUAUCACGACUAAGUUGAAUCCAGAUGAGUUUUUCAAGGUCGUCAAACCUCCUUUUUUCACAAGGGAUAAUCAACAUGAUAGCUCUGAGUUUCUGGGGUACUUGUUCGAGUUGCUGCAAUCAUACGAACAUUGUUCAGACCGCAAUUUCGAUUACUCUCGUCCUCCUGUGCUGGCCGGAUCGAGCCGUAUGCGUGCAAUAGCCCAAGCCAACGCUCAGACAUCGCAGUCAUCCAGUGAUAUUGAGCAUGCGGGCGGAGACGCUAGUCCUAACCGCCGCUCCGUGUCCCCGAGACCUGGCAGCAGUGCAGCCGGUUCAAGCUCAGGGGCUCAAAAACGAUCCUCCACUGAGCAGGAGGUUCAUUUGCCACCUAAAAAGCGUUUGCGAAUGAACGAGGCCGCCUUCCUCCGUCGAGAUUCCUUCAUCGACAGUAUGUUCGGUGGGGUGUUGCUUACUCGCGUUGAAUGUACCGAGUGCCAUUCGUCGUCCCUAUCUCGAGAUGUUUUCCGUGACCUCCAACUGGCAUUCCCCGAAAAACCAGAAGGCUGGCAACACAACGUCCAGAAUCUUCUCGAAUAUUAUUGCUCCAAAGAACGUUUGACUGGCGAGAAUCAAUAUGAAUGCCGUGAUUGUGGCGGUCUACGGGAUGCCGAGAGGAGUGUCUUAAUUGAGACCACGCCCAAGUAUCUGAUCCUUGUCUUGAAGAAUUUCAAGUUUGAGCCGAAACUGCAAGUGCAGACAAAACUGAUGCACUCAAUGUUCUACAAUCACACAGUGACAUUGCCAACUGUCCGCUCGCAAGCUGAUCACGCCGCUUAUGCAUUGUACGCCGCUGUCAUUCAUGCGGGCACAACUCUCGACUCGGGCCAUUACUAUACACUUGCUAAGGAUAACGAUCUGUGGCACAUGUACAACGAUGAUGUGGUCUCCGCAGCGGAUGAGGCCCAGCUGAACGGACUUAACCGCUCCAGCACUCCAUACAUACUGUUCUAUAGGCGUACUGAUAUCGAGGAGGGCACAGCUCCUUCUAUGGAAGAGCUACCACCCAAGCUCCAGGAAACCGUGAUGGCUCAUAACAAACACUAUGUUGAUACAGUUCGCAAAAUGCGGCUCACACGUCCAUGACAAUUAAGGUCAGAUAAAUACAUCGAUUUUUCGGUGUUGGAUUAUGUCGAUCCCGAGUAGGCAGGUUCCGCUCGGCUCAAAAGAAAUUGACAACGCGUUAAUAUUACGGACCACUGAUGACGCUGACCAAACUAUUUGCAGAAUUCAUACCUUAAAUAUUAUCUACUUGACGAUAC